AUGGACUCAAAUUGUCAACAAGGCACUGUUCAAGCUGGUGGUGGCAGCAUAAUGGUGUGGGCUGUUUUUACAUGGCAUGGACUUGGUCCUCUGGUGCGACUGAACCAAACAGUGACUGGAAAUGCUUAUGUUCAGCUACUUGGAGAUCACUUGCAGCCAUUCAUGGACUUCAUGUACCCCAACAACGAUGGGAUUUUUAUGGAUGACAAUGCACCAUGUCACCGGUCCACAACUGUUCGCGAUUGGCUUGAAGAACAUUCUGGACAGUUCCAGCGAAUGAUCUGGCCACCUAGAUCGCCCGACAUGAAUCCCAUCGAGCAUUUAUGGGACAUCAUCGAGAGGAGCAUCUUGCAGUGCAAUCUGAUGGCAGAGAAAAUCGAAGACUAUCCAUUUGAAUUCCAAACAGGGAUUCCCAGCACUGUCGACAGAGAAUGUCCGUACUGCAUCAGUCAUAAUGCAACAAAUUUUACAGUGAAUGGUGAUUAUAUCUUUAACAGGCUUGACACCCGAAUUGUCUUGAUCUUGGCUUAUACUUUUGUAUUCUGCUGCUGUUUUUUUGGAAAUCUUCUGGUUAUGAUAGUAGUCAUCAUGCACAGGCGUAUGAGGACCAUAACCAACUUCUUUUUAACAAACCUUGCUGCAGCAGAUCUGUGCGUGGGUCUCUUCUGUGUUUACCAAAAUUUAUCCUUCUAUCUUACUACUCACUGGGCUUUUGGAGAGUUCCUUUGCAAGAUGUAUCACUUUGUACACAGCUUGAGCUACACAGCAUCAAUUGCGAUUCUUAUUGUCAUAUCUGUUGAACGUUAUGUCGCUAUAUGCCACCCCAUGCUAAGUAAACAGGUAAUGACGCUGAGACGCUUGCGUAUUGUGGGUGCUACUGUUUGGCUCGUUAGUGCAGCAUAUUGCAGUCCACGUCUAAUUAUGUAUGGAACAACCGAAGUCCCCUCCAUUACUGGAGAAAUGGAAACUAUCUGCAUUCUAAAGAGAUCCUUCUACGACUCCAAGACAUAUGACUUGACAAACUUUAUCGUUUGCUUUGUCAUCCCCCUAAUUGUGAUUACAGUUCUGUAUUUCAUUAUUUGUCUUCGUUUGUGGAGAAGUAAUCAAGUAUCUAAGCAUUACAGCACCACCACCUUCACAGCACGUGCAACCAUAAACAACAGAGCCAGGUCCCAUUCGUCAACUUCUGAUAUCAUUGUCCAUGAUGGACAAUAUACCAUGACGCUGAAGCGUAACCGUUGCCCAAGUAGCGAGCUUCAUCCAACGACAACUUGUCGCAGCGCAAAGAACCAUGUGUUAAAGUCUCGGAGGAAAGUCAUUCGUCUUUUAGUGUCAGUUGUGCUCACAUUUGCUUUUUGUAAUCUUCCUUUUCAUGCCAGAAAGUUGUGGCAAAAUUGGUCUCCCCGAUAUGAUGGCACUAGCAACUCGUCCGUAAUCCUUACCAUUAUAACCACAUUGAUUUUGUACAUGAAUUCUGGAAUUAAUCCUUUCUUGUAUGCUAUUCUGUCUGAGAACUUCAGAGCAUCUAUGGUAGACGUACUAUUGUGUAAAUUAAAUCGCAUGCACAAAAACCGCGCUGCAACACGUUCUUUAAUAAGGAAUGAAAUGAACUCGAUAACUGUGCGCAGUAUAAGUAUUUCUCAAGAUGAUGUCGACAAAAAUACUACUCGAUGA